UAAGAAUUCAAUUGCAAGAUCGCCACUGAAUAUGAAGAAUACUCAUUACAUUUUACUGCUUCUGGUAGCCCAUUGCAUGAAGCCAGGAUGUGCUUUGUCUCAAAAAUGCGAAGCAUCUUCUGUCGGGACAAACUUUAUGUUCGGUAUUAUUGGUUACUCUGGUAGGGUCACGUCAACAAGUAUUAAGGUUCUUAUUACACCAGUAUUGCAAGCUCCAGCUCAUGUCCGCGUGACGGCGCCGUUUAUAAACAUGGACAGGACAUACACGGUUUCAAACCGUACACUGAUCCCGUUGAAUGGUACAUUAAUGCAGUAUGAAAAUGGAAAACAGUUCAAAGGAGUCGAAGUCAGUUCAGAUGCAAAUAUUUCUUUGGCUGUGGUUACAGGAGGCGGUGACAUGAUGGAAGGGUUUCUGGCUUUACCAGUUAGUUCGUUGGGUACUCGUUAUAUUGCUGCAUCAUACAUCCCAUUAUCAGGAUAUAGCAGUGAAAUUUUAAUUGCUGGAGUAGAGAGUGAUACAGACAUUUUCCUUUCCACAGUCAUUGACGGUCAUCAAAGUUCAAACAGAACAUUCCGCUUACAGAAGUUUGAAACGUAUCAAUUCAAAGCAAAUAAUGACGUAAGCGGCAGUGUAGUAACAUCAAAUAAGCCAAUAGCUGUCUUUUCUGGAUCUGCAUUAGCACUAAUUCCUGUCGGGAUAGGUGAUUAUCAGUAUAUAGUCGAGCAAAUGAUUCCGACCAAAUAUUGGACCACUCAGUUCAUUAUUCCAUCUAUCUUUCCAAGAAAACACUUUGUCCUAAAGUUUCUGUCUAACCAGGAUAAUACUGAAGUACAUUACUACAACAGCACGAAACACUUCGCAGUAUACAUGAACAAGGGGUCCAUGGAGGAGUUGUUAUUUGGUACAGAUCCUGUCGUUGUUUCAGCAAACAAGCCAAUCAGUGUGAUACAAUAUGGACACGACGGAGAUAAUAUGGACGGAGAUCCCUUCAUGGCGAACGCACAAGGAACCAGUCAGUUCGUAGACUCGUAUAAAUUUGCUACACAAAACUAUUAUUCUUCAGCUAGCAAUACCUUAGCCAUUACAAUUCUAAAGAACAGUACAGGCGGACUUCUACUGAACGGACACACUAUGUCUUACUGGAACGCUAAGAAUACAUCAGUUUCUCCGCCAAUGAUGAAUACAUAAUGCUAUAUGUCAAUGUUUCCUAUAACAGUUUCUACCAUUUACACCACAGCGGUGGAAUAAAGUUUGGAGCUGUCAUUUAUGGACGUUAUAGUACUACUGCGUAUGGUUAUCAUCUUCAGCUGACAUUGACUGAUUAUGAUUGCAAAAGUAAUGUACCAAUACCGCGUUCUACCACUUCUUCAGUUGCCUCAGUAACAUCUGCUUCUACUGAGUUUUCAACGCAAAAAGUACAGAUGGGUAAGAUCACCAGUUGACAUGAUUAACAUCAUACAUAUAAAUGGCAUUCUCAAAAUAUCAUGACAAGUACAUAACGAGGUGGAUAAUCUCAAUGAGCCUCGGAAAGGUAAACAUUUGAAAAAAAUGUUUGAUAAUGGCAGAAUACAAUCAAAGUAUAAUGUGAAUGGAUAGAACAAUGUAGCUUUCAUUCUACACUUGUAUUAUCAUUAUGAAUUGUUUGCAAAGAUACUAAUUUAAAUAUUUUGGCAACCGUUACAAGACUCAAAUAUUGGCAAAAUGUGCAUCAUAUUCUGUGGUUUCUGAUAUGUAUUUUGACAUGUAGUAAUAACCUGUUAUAUAUAGUUAUAAUAUAUUUACCAUUUAAAUGAAUUGAAAAGGAACAUGGUGCUUCCACUGCGAAGGUAUGACACAUCUAAAAUAUUGUGAUAAAGUGUCGAAAUGUCAGAAUGAAGAUGAGGUUUGUUAUGUACAAAGGUAUACACGAAGUCUUGAUGUGGGCCUCUUUAGAUCUGGCUGCGCUCAUCCGCAGCAAUGCAGCAAUAGUGACAGUAAUGGAGGUUGUUUCAAAUGCUGUGAUGGCAAUUUCUGUAAUAGUGCUGGAUGCGGAGAAGAUGGUUUUCCAGCGCCAGGACAAAGAGGUCCGAUUUGCUUUGACUGCCCACACGAAGGCGAAGACGAGGAAUGCGACAUAGUACAGUUGUGUCAUUCAAACCAGGUUUGCAUGAUAGAAAAGUACGAAUGGGGAGACAAUGACUUCCAUUACAUCAGAGGCUGCACCGAGGCCCAGGUAUGUACAAAAAAGCGGUCGGCAAGUGAACUUUCUACGCGCAAUGCUCCAGUCUGUUCACACUGCUGUCAUUCUGACUUCUGCAACAUAAACUGCACUUCAGUCCAUACAGCUCCGGCAAUAGUUGGCUAACAUGUUUCAAACUGCAGUGUGAGUUGAAUGAAUGUGUUGAUACAGACAUACUAAUAAAGAUAAUAUCAUACCUGUG